GAGCUUUCACGCUUCCUUGACCUGAUGGACAGACACUGCCGACCUGAUGUGGUCAAGGGCGUCGUUGCAAAUAAGGCUGCUCGGCUUCAGGUUGACCUGUGGAAGGAGCCCAAAGAGGCUGCAGAAGCGGCGAAACUUUUUGCAAAACGACACGCCAUGCGCUACUUCGAGGUAUCUGCCCGGACCAGCGAGGGAGUCGAUGCGAUGUUCCACGAUUUGGUGGGGCAACUGAUCGAUGCACAUCACCCCACCUGA